AUGCAAUUCAAAUCUGGUUUGGCUAUCGCCACUUUGAUGGCAGCUACUACUUUAGCUGCUAACUCCACCCACUCUUCUAUUCCAUCAUCAUGUAGUUUGGGUUCCAGUGCCACGGCCACUGCUCAAUCCGAUCUAGACAAGUACGCUGGCUGUCAAACUUUAGUCGGUAACUUGACCAUCACUGGUGAUCUAGGUUCUGCUGCCUUGGCUAACGUUGAAGAAAUCGAUGGGUCUUUGAUCAUCAACAACGCCACUUUGCUAUCUACUUUCUCUGCUGACUCUGUUAAGACCAUUACCGGUGCUUUAACUCUUCAACAAUUGACUGUCUUAGCUACCGCUUCUUUCGGCUCUCUAACCAAGGUUGACUCUAUCAGUUUGAUUACUUUACCAGGUAUCGAAACCUUUUCUUCUGAGUUAGAAAGUGCUAACCAAGUCUUAAUCACAGAUACUUCUUUGGAAAGUGUUGAUGGUUUCUCCACUUUGACUAACUGUCAAGUCUUCAACAUUAACAACAACAACUACCUAACUACUUUCAAAUCCGCUUUACAAUCCGUCUCCGACUCUCUACAAUUUUCUUACAACGGUCAAGCCACCAAUGUCACAUUCGAUCAAUUAGUUUGGGCUAACAAUAUUACUUUGAGAGACGUUAAAAAGGCUUCUUUCGCUAAACUACAAGCUGUUAACGCAUCUAUCGGGUUCUUCAACAACUCUUUGACCUCCCUAGAUUUAUCUAAGUUGACUCAAGUUGGUGAAACUUUCACUGUUGUCUCUAACGAUGAAUUAACCUCUUUGAAGGCUGGUAACUUGACUAAAAUUGGUGGUGGGUUCGUCGUUGCUAACAACACUGCUCUAUCUAACAUUAACGGAUUCAGUAAGCUAGAAACCGUCGGUGGUGCCAUUAUUGUUACUGGUAACUACUCUGCCCUUGAUUUGUCCUCAUUGAAGUCUGUCAAGGGUGGUGCUGAUUUCGAAUCUUCAUCUUCUAACUUUUCAUGUACUCCAUUUAAGAAGUUGGCAUCAAAGGGUAACAUUCAAGGUACCUUCAUCUGUAAGAACGGUGCCACUUCCACUUCAAUCAAGUUAUCUUCCACUUCCGGUUCAGGCUCUUCUAAGACCUCCUCUGGUUCUUCAGCAACCUCCAGUUCUGAAUCUACUUCCUCCACUUCUUCCAAGUCUAAGGGUGCUGCUGUUGCUCAAUUAGCCCCUGUUUCUACUUUCAUGGGUGCUAUUGGUGCUGUUCUUCUAGCUAUGUUAUGA